AUGGUAUCCGAGUUCUGUCCCGUUUACGCACCAUUUUUCGGAUCCAUAGGAUGUACGACCGCCAUCGUCUUAACCGCGCUUGGAGCAGCCUAUGGAACUGCGAAGGCCGGUGUCGGUGUUUGCUCCAUGGGUGUUCUGAGGCCUGAUUUAAUCGUCAAAAAUAUCGUCCCAAUCGUUAUGGCAGGUAUCCUCGCCAUAUACGGCCUCGUUGUCUCCGUUCUCAUCGCAAACAAUCUCACCCAAAGGGUUACCCUAUAUACAAGCUUAGUGCAAAUGGGCGCUGGUCUUUCUGUUGGGCUAGCAGGGUUGGCCGCUGGAUUUGCGAUCGGGAUCGUUGGCGAUGCCGGUGUGCGAGGAACAGCCCAACAACCUAGGUUAUACGUAGGGAUGAUCCUUAUUCUCAUUUUUGCAGAGGUUCUUGGUCUUUAUGGUUUGAUUGUUGCUCUCUUGAUGAAUUCCAAGGCAACUAUAGUGGAUCAUAAGUGCGUAUAG